GCACUGUCGGUCUCUCUCGCGCACUCUUCAUCUCACUCGGACGCAAUCGGUCUCUCUCGGACGCACUCGGUCUCUCUCGCGCAAUGUGUAUCUCUCUCUCUCUCUCUCUCUCUCUCUCUCUCGGCGUUCGCUUCACUUUUGUCCAGUCCGAUGCCCCAUAUUAUUUCCCCAAUCGGGCACGCGCUUCGAGUCUUCCAGCGAGCGACAUCUUCGAGAAGUUAGUCACAACAGACCCGAGCAACCGUUGGUCAAGGCGCGACAAACACCCCCCUGAACACCGUGAGCAGUGUCCACUGGCCUGCUGGUGUUCUAUGGUUUGGCUGGCUAAGCUGUAAAACACACCCCUCCCGAAUAGACUGAGCACGGUCAGGAGUUUGGUCAUCAGCAUCCGCUCUGCAUUUUUACGGUGUUACUAGCUGCCUAUCCGCCUCCACCCCUAUGGAUUUUUAUGUCGUUUUUUUUAUUUUUAAAAACGACAUUUUUGAUUACUCGAUGCUUUUUUGACUAGGAGGCUGUAUUUUCUAUUUAUUUUACGGGGCGGUAAAUACAGAAGAUGACACACAUGUACGUUAGCCGUUGUGAAGCUAGCUGAGGAAGUGGACUGUUACUUUUCCAUCCCUGUAUGAAGGAGUCGCCUUGAUGAUUCACUCUUAUGGAGACGCGACAUGCCACAUGAAGACUGAUCUCUGCCACUUUCAGGGAGACUAAUAUCAUUGCCAUCAUUCACAGGAUUGCUUGGAGCUGUCUGCAAAUGUAUAGUUAAGUGAGUUAGCUGGGGGGAUCGAUCAUCCACAGCUAGCCCAUUAGCCAACUCCCCAAGCGAUUCGUUUAGUACAGUAUUAACAGUUUAUGUCGUGUCAUUCACUUUGUUUUUACCGAUAGUCAUUCAGAUUGCGUUUAGAAAAUGUCCUUUUUCAAUUUUCGGAAGAUAUUUAAGCUGGGCACGGAGAAAAAGAAGAAACAGUAUGAGCACGUUCACAGAGAUGUCAACCCAGAGGAGGUGUGGGAGAUCGUGGGGGAACUCGGGGAUGGAGCCUUCGGGAAAGUCUACAAGGCUCAAAACAAACAGACCGGGAUCCUGGCUGCUGCUAAAGUGAUCGAUACCAAAACAGAAGAGGAGCUGGAGGACUACAUGGUAGAGAUCGACAUCCUCGCCUCCUGUGACCAUCAGUAUAUAGUCAAACUGCUGGAUGCUUUCUAUUAUGAGAGCAAACUCUGGAUUCUCAUUGAGUUUUGUGCUGGAGGAGCGGUAGACGCUGUGAUGUUGGAGCUGGAGCGGCCAUUGACAGAGCCUCAGAUCCGGGUUGUGUGUAAACAGACGCUGGAGGCGCUGACUUACCUCCAUGAGAAUAAGAUUAUACACCGGGACCUGAAGGCUGGAAAUAUUCUCCUUACCUCAGAUGGAGAUGUGAAAUUAGCUGACUUUGGAGUGUCUGCAAAGAAUACAAAGACCAUUCAGAGAAGAGACUCUUUCAUUGGAACACCAUACUGGAUGGCACCCGAGGUGGUGAUGUGUGAGACGUCGAAGGACAGACCGUAUGACUACAAAGCAGACAUCUGGUCCCUGGGGGUGACUCUGAUCGAGCUGGCACAGAUCGAGCCACCCAACCACGAGAUGAACCCAAUGAGAGUCCUGCUAAAAAUAGCAAAGUCUGAGCCCCCCACACUCUUAACUCCAUCACGAUGGUCUCCUGAGUUCAGUGAUUUCCUGCGGAAAGCACUGGAUAAGAAUGUAGACAACAGGUGGAAUGCAUUGCAGCUCUUACAGCAUCCAUUUGUUUCGAAUGUGAUGGAUAACAAACCACUGCGAGAGCUGAUUGCGGAGGCUAAAGCCGAAGUGUUUGAGGAGAUUGAAGAAGGAAAAGAGGAAGAGGAGGAAGAAGAGCCAGAGUCCCAGCCGGUGGUGCCUGGACACAAACGUGCAUUAUCGGACACCAGCUUUGGCAGCUUGGAGGAUGAGAGGCAGUGUCAGAAUAUGCCAGCUCUUGAGUCUGUCACAGAGAAGGCUGAACCUGAAAGAAAACCCAGUUCAGACAAUCAAGUCAGUGAUAAGAUCUCCGACAUGGUGGUAGACACCAGCGAAUCCAUCCAUGUUGAGGAUGAGAAGAUGAAUGAAGCCAGUCCAUCAGAUACUAGCAAUGAGGAAUCACCUUCAGGUGAGGAAGCCAUACCUAAACAUGACGAAUCUCACACACCUGUGACCAUUGAAGAAGAGAUUACUGGUCAGCCAAACCCUCCAGUAUCAGAUGACACUGUCCUCCAAGAGAUUGUAACCGUCAGUGAGGAAACUGGGGAGGAAGAGAAGAAGGAAGUGAAGGUGGAAGAGCCACCACAGCAGACAAAAGAAGAGUAUAAAGAACCACAGCAGGAAGCCAAAACACAAACCACCGAAGAUGAAGAAGAGGAACCUACCCAACCUUCAGAUAUAGCUGCACCGGAGAACAAAUCUGUUGGUGUUACUGAAGAAGCCAUCACUGAAUCAAAUGAGGUUGCAGAAAUAACUGAAGACAAAAUUGAGACAGAAGAAGUAAUGAAUAAAAAGGAACCAGUGGAAGAUGAGAGAACGGUACCCUCACCACAUGUCCCAACAGAAGAGUUAAAGGAGGAGCAAACUGAAACUUCACCAGAUGUUUCUACACAAGAGAUAAAGGAGGGUCUUCCUCCAGUGGCAAUAGAAGACCAAGAAAAAGCUGGAGAUAAGGGGGAGGGUUCAGAACCCAAAGACGAUAUUGCAACCAAGGGGGUAGAUGUAGAAGAGAACAACUCUGUGAAUGAAUUCCCUGUUGUUGUCAUCAAUGGUGCAAAAGUAGAGGAGGUCAGCUCAACAGAGGAACCUCAAGAAGCCCACGAAGACAGACCAGAGAUCCAGGAAGCACCUACUGUGCCUGAGAGUGACCAGAAUUCAGAAGUGACGAAACCUGAUGCUGAAAAGGAGAAAGACUCUGACUCAGGCAGCAGUUCUGCUGCAGAUACUAACAGCAUUGACAUUAAUCUGUCAAUCUCCAGCUUCCUGUCCAAAAACAAAGAAGGUUCUCUUUCAAUACAGGACAACAGGCGCCAAAAGAAAACUCUGAAAAAGACCCGCAAGUUUAUGGUCGACGGGGUGGAAGUCAGUGUCACCACAUCCAAGAUUGUCAAUGACAAUGACACCAAGAGUGAGGAACUGAGAUUUUUGAGGCGUCAGGAGCUAAGAGAACUGAGGCUGCUGCAAAAAGAGGAGCAAAGAGCUCAACAGCAGCUCAGCAAUAAACUGCAGCAGCAGAAAGAGCAGCUCUUCAGACGCUUCGAGCAGGAAAUGGCGGGAAAGAAACGUCAGUAUGACCAAGAGGUGGAGAACCUUGAGAAACAGCAGAAACAGACCAUAGAGCGUCUGGAGCAGGACCACACCAACCGGCUGAGAGAUGAGGCCAAGAGGAUCAAAGCAGAGCAGGACAAGGAGCUCUCGAAGUUCCAGAACAUGCUGAAGAACCGCAAAAAAGAGGUCAAACAAGAGGUCGGAAUGUCCCCUAAACACAUAAGAAAAGAGCUCAUGAAACGCUUGAAGGAAGACCUAGCAGUCAUUGAACAUGAAGAGGAGCAAGAGUUUCUCCAGAGGCAGCAGCUGGAGCUGGAUGGAGCUCUGAAGAAGAUCAUCCAGCAGCACAAACUAGAGAUCGCCACUAUAGAGAGAGACUGUCUCAACCACAAGCAGCAAUUCAUGAGAGCUCGAGAGGCAGCCAUGUGGGAGAUGGAGGAGCGCCACCUGCAGGAGAAACACCAGUUGCUGAAGCAGCAGCUGAAGGAUCAAUACUUCAUGCAGAGACAUCAGCUUCUCAAAAGACAUGAAAAGGAGAAGGAGCAGAUGCAGGGUUACAACCAGCGGCUCAUAGAGGAGAUGAAGAACAGGCAGGCACAGGAAAAAACCCGGCUGCCCAAGAUCCAGCGCAGUGAAGCCAAGACCCGCAUGGCGAUGUUUAAAAAGAGCCUGCGGAUCACUGGCACAGGAACACCAGAGCAAGACCGAGAGAAGAUCAAACAGUUUGCUUCUCAAGAGGACAAGAGACAGAGGAAUGAGAGACUUCAUCAGCAUCAGAAACAUGAGAACCAGAUGAGAGACCUGCAGCUGCAAUGUGACUCCAACAUCAGAGAGCUUCAACAGAUGCAGAAUGAGAAAUGCCACCUUCUGAUUGAGCAUGAGACUCAGAAACUGAAGGAGCUGGAUGAGGAGGACAGUCAGGAGCUGAAAGACUGGAGGGAGAAGCUUCGGCCCAGGAAGAAGGCUCUGGAGGAAGAGUUCACACGUAAACUGCAGGAACAGGAAGUCUUCUUUAAGAUGAGUGGAGAGUCCGAAUGCCUCAAUCCCACCACCCAGAGCAGAGUCUCUAAAUUCUACCCCAUUCCCAGUGUGCACUCCUCUGGCUCUUAAUCAUCACUGCGCUUUAUCUAAAGUGAGGAAGAGCUAUUCCAGUCAUUUAGCCUUUUAAAGGUAUGAGAUCAGAAUAGAUGCAUGGGGUUGAAAUGAAAUUCCAAAAUACCUGAAAGUUGGAAUCUAACAGUGAUGAAGGACAAACCUCAUGCAUUACCUAGACAUGCUUUUUUGCCACGUUUAAUCCAAUGGAUUAACAUUGUAGUUUUCUGUACGUUGUCUUCUGGUCAUGUUAAUUUGUGCUUGAGAUGUUAGCACAAAUUAGUAAUGAAUACACUCAGGCAAUAACAUCUUGUCUUUGUGGAAUACAUAAAUAAGACCGCCUUAAUGAGAGUCACAUGAUGACCAUAACAAACAUAACAUCACAUGCAGAAAAUACCACUAAUAGGGUGAAAGGUUACAUUUAAAAGAGCACGUGGACACACUAGUCACUGUAACUCUCAGUUCUCUACUAAACGUUGCAAAGCUAGUAAAUGAAGCUUCAGUGCUGUUAAAUAGUCUUGAUGCAGCUAUUAAAUGUCGUUCUUUACUUUUUAAACAAACUACUAAUUUUAACUCUUUCUUUUAUUAUCUAACUUAAGUUUUAAUAUAUUUGUAGUCAAGGAAUGUAACCCAUAAGAUGACAUUGCACACGUUAAAGCAAAAAACAUAUGCAGUAGUGAUCUUUUUAGUGCAUCAGGAAGGAAAUAUUGCCCAAAUAAUACAAUGAUGUCAUUUCUCAUUUGGCCAGAGUACCCAAGUUUAUUUUUUUAAUUGAGCAAAUUAAUUUCACAUAUUUGAAGAAAAAUAGGGCAGUCUUGAAUGUUUUAUAUAUGGUGUUAAAAAGUUAUUUAUGGAUUUAACUGAAGUCGAAUGUUUUUAUUGUUAGUUCUUUUUCCCUGUUUCAGCGACAUACAAGGGGAAUAUGAACUUUCACAUGUGAGAUUAUCUUAAAUUCAGGUUUUCUUUUAAUUGGAGGACAUAUCGUUUGAUUGAUGUAGAGCAGUGUUUAGUCCAUUGCAGUCUGCAAAAGUGUUUCAGUGUGAAGACAUGAACAUUUCUCACUGUUGAUGAGGACUUUUCAUCUGUUUUAAGCUCUAUUUUUGGUAACAUGUUUUCUGCAAGAAAUUACACGUCUGCAAUCUUCUCCAUAAUAUGACAUGCUGUGCUUAUAUGCUGUUGCAUGCUGAAAGAAAUCCCGAAUGCUGUACUUUUCCAGAGACGGGAACUUUUUGAAAAGACAAUGCAUUUUAAAAUAGCUUGUUUUAAAAGUUGGUAUUUGCAAAAAAAAAAAAAAAAAAAAUCAGGAUACUUGUUCAGAGACAGAAAGUCCCAGUCUCAUUCAGUUGAAGAGUGACCUUAAUCGUCAUUGGAAUAUCUGAUGCAUUUGAGGUCAAUUUCUGUAUCUAAAUGCUUGCAUCCAUUGGUAUACUGUAAUAAUGGUGUAAAUAAAACUCAUUGUAUUUUCUUUGA